CAUCAUGCUUCUAAGCAACUAGAGCUGAAAGGUAGUUGUCAAAAGACUGUGAAAGUCUUUGCAAAUAAUUAUGAAAUAUCUCAUCAUUCCCCAUUUGCCAGUAUCACAUCUAGUUGAUGACAAACCAUCAAAUUCGAGUUAAUUCUUGUCGCACUGCCAUUUGGAGGCAGGUUUUAUGCAGAUUUUGCUGCAGAUCUCCAAAAAGCGUCCAGAAGCGAGUCAGGUCUAAAACCAGUAGUUAUGAACCAGUUGCAUUUGAAACAAACAAUCAACGCAAACGAGGAAUCAAGAGGUCACGAGGCCCUCAGACGGCUACCGGUGCUCUCAUUCAAAUAUCAAUACCCAACGCCUUCUCAAGAAAUAUUCAAACAGCUUCGUAUUUAGAUUUGCAAUAAUACAGUUUACUGAUUUGAAUCAAAAAAAGCGUAAACAGAAAUAUCUUUAACGUGAUCUCAAUGCAUGUCCAGGACACGCUAAAGGGGCCUAAUUUUAUUUUCCUCAUCUUAAAACAAGUCAAAUCAAAUAUAAAGAUUCGCCUCAGGUAAAUUGAUAUGAAAGUCAAAGGAAAAGCUGCCGAUUUUGAUCUAAAGAAACUGCAAAUUUAAGUCUCAAGUUUGAAUUGAGGGAAGCAAGGCAUUUGCAAAUGAACAGAACAACGGAAAUUCCUUUGCAUGUUUCCGCUGAAGAUCUAGCAGACAAAAGUGCAAAUUUGCUAUUUCUGUCUAGUAUUUUAACAAAAAGUGAUUCAAUAAAAGGAUAUAAUAACUUACCUAAAGGAUCUUUUAUUAACAUUAUUAGAAGAGAACAAAAGAUAAAGGGAAACAGAAAUAGAGAAACAAAAGAUGAGGAGAAGAUCUAGAAGAGAAAUGAGCAGAUUUGCUUUUACUGGCUAAUGUUCUCAUAAAAGAACAAAGAGCUGAAAUAUAAUGAACUCUUCCUCAGAUGCCAGAAUCAUUGAACAUGAUGAUCAUGAAAUUAGUUCAGACAUUGACAACCUAGAGCUGGCACGGAGACAUGGAUAUGAAGUUGAAAAUUCAAUACUCACUGUUACAAUGAAUGAUGAGCAAAACUUGGAGAUUAUUUCAGAUCAAAGUCAGCGGAGCAUGAAGAGUUGUGUUUGUAGCAGAAUACCUAUUCCAGUUCUUCUAUUUGUGGUAUCUCUCAUCCUGCUUGUAUCUGCAAUAGUUAUCAUUCAUGCCAGUGCAAAGAAAAAUAUGAAAGAAUCUGUUAAGCAUUUUUUGAUCAUAUUUCAAUCAGCUUGUGGAUUUGCAUUCAUUGGUCAGCUUUCGUAUCUAAUUGCAUUGAAAACAUCAUCAUGGUAUCCAAGCUUGCUGUUCUGUGAAAGGUUGAGACACAGAGAGAAAGAAGAGAUUAUUGGAAUCUUAAAACAAUUCCUGCUUCACGAUAUUUUCAAGGGAGCUGCUGUGCGUGCUUACUUUGAAAGAAUAAACAAAGUGAUUGAUCGCGAUAGAGAGCUAGAAGCUGAAAACUUUCUUGACUCCGAAGUUAUUGAAAGUGUUGUAUCAGAACAUUUGGUUUAUCUGUAUGAGUCACCUGAAGGGUCUUUGCUCAAUGUGAUUGGUGUUGACGAAUCAGAGCUACGUUCCUAUUCAAAACUCUUGCUUCAACAAAUAUUGUGCAAAAUUCUUCCUAAAAUUUUUAAAGAAACAUCUUCAAGGCAGUUGCUGAGUUUCGAUUCCAUUCAAGGCAAUAUCGAAGAGAUUAUCAACGAAAGACUUCAUAGUGUUGAUUUUUACGAUAUCAACAAGUUUCUUCAAUCUACGACUAGACGAAAAGCAAAUAGAAUGUCUGUUGUGAUCUUCUGUUGUGCAAUGAUCGGUGGCUGCAUUUACGAGGUAACGCGACAGUUCUUGCAGGAGAACAGUAUUUAACAAACACUCCAUAUUGCCUUGAUUGACGAGAAUAAGCAAACGACGCGCUGUUUGUGCAAAGCGAAUGUGUUUAUCAACCUGGUCACAUCUUAGUGGAAGUAAGCGCCAAAUAAAAGUUGUUUGCUAGCAAUAUGAUGGCUUAUUUAUGAACCGCUUCAUUACUUAAGACAUUUAUAGGGAUUAUUCUAAGUAAUUGGUCAGAGUUUUAAUUAGAAUAUUAUUUAUGGACUGUAUAGUUGUGAAGAGUCAUUUUCUAUUUUUGUAAAAGUUUCUAUUUCUUGAAUGUCAUAGAACAACAGAAAAACAGGAAAACGAAACAUUUUUUUAAGAUAUUGUAAUUCUUUCCAUUUAAAGUGUGUUUUCAGUUUUAAUUUAUCUUUGUGAUUUAACAACUAAAACAAUUUUUAGCGUUUACGAUUUGAUAUCUUUUCCUUUGAUAUCUUAGCCUGUGCUUCUGC